UGUUGCAUCUGGCCCUCAGCCCUCUCUGGCCAGCCCCAGUCCCACAACAACUCCUCGCAGGAAGCAAAUACAUGCGCGAGAAAGCAGAAGCUGCCCGAGUUUAGCGAAACAGUGUCAGCAUGGCCGGGGGCUCGGUGUUCGAGUGUAAGGAGUACUUGUUCAAAGUGCUGGUCAUCGGGGAAUUAGGCGUCGGGAAAACGAGCAUCAUCAAACGCUACGUGCACCAGCUCUUCUCGCAGCACUACAGGGCGACCAUCGGAGUCGACUUUGCGCUUAAAGUCAUCAACUGGGACAGCAAGACGCUGGUGAGGUUACAGCUGUGGGACAUCGCAGGUCAGGAACGAUUUGGGAACAUGACGCGAGUGUACUACAAGGAGGCUGUGGGGGCCUUCGUGGUGUUCGAUGUGACAAGGGGCUCCACAUUUGAGGCGGUGUCUAAAUGGAAGCGUGACCUUGACAGCAAGGUGAAGCUGGCUAAUGGCAACCCCAUCCCCUCAGUGCUGCUCGCCAAUAAAUGCGACCAGAAGAAAGACAGCUCCAACAACACGGCUCUAAUGGACAAUUUCUGCAAAGAGACCGGCUUUCUGGGCUGGUUUGAAACCUCAGCUAAGGACAACAUCAACGUGGACGAGGCAGCACGUUUCCUGGUAGAGAGCGUCCUGGCUAACGACAAAGGGUUGCCGUAUGAGGAGAGCAAUGGAGAGCGGAUCAAACUGGACCAGGAGACUGUGGCUGCUGAGAGCAAGUCAGGCUGCUGUUGACACUCAAUCCAUUCAAAUUAGCCAUGCGCCUCCCUUUGGGGGGGGGUCCAACCCUAGCACCCAGGCUGUGGCUCUCAGUCCUCUACUGCAGCUUCUCUGAGGAAUAUGAAUUCUUGGGUCCUCAAAGCUCCAGAAUAUUCUCCUCUCUGCACUGAUGCCCGGUCGACCUGCACGUCCAAGUGUUUCAUUGUAGUUCUCCCUGCCCAAUUUUAUCUUGAUGUUGUCACAAAUGAUGUCGCUGCCUCUAUAAAGCUGUUUCCUUCUUUGUCCCACGCCUCUAAACCUCAGCAUCUUUAUGAUUGAGUUUUUCUCAGUGCAUAUUUCCCUGAUUCUGUAUUCCACCAUCAACUAUACACCCUACCCAGCCCACCACACUUGAACCCUGCUGCUCCUCCUGUUAACCUGACGGCCUCUGAAGCCCUGGACUAUACCACCCCUGAGAAGGGGUGCAAACUAAACAGAAAUUGGCGAAACACAAGCUAGAAAACAACACGUAGCCUCUUAAUUUCUGUCUGUUUGGUCUAUUCUCUCUCAGUAUCUUUGUCGUUCAGCAUUUAUCUGUGAAACAGGAUACGUUAUUGUUCAGUGUGGAGGUAUUCCUUCAAUUCACAUAGAUGGACAUGAAUGACAAUCAUUCUUUUACAGCACACACUUUUGUGUUUCCAGCUGUUCUUUAGACUACUGUGUAAAACAUAAGCAAUUGGGCCUAGCAGUUAAGCAUUAUGAAAGUGUUAUCAUAUCUCAUAUUGCUGUCAUGAAUUGUUGUCUUUAUGCCAUAUUUUCUCUGACGUUAUGUGCCAUAAUACAGUUUAUGUUAAUUAGAGGGGAAUACUUUUUCUUCGUCACUCCAAACACUUACAAAGACACAGACGGACAAUACAGUCUAAUAAUGAUACUAUAUGAGACACCAGUAUGAAUAUGUAGGUCUGAUUUAGGGUUUGUCUGUUUUCGUUUUUGUUUGUUUCUUAUGUGUUGGGUCUUGCAUUAUGCAAUUGGUGAGACUUAAAAAACGGAAUCAGACAGCAGACUACUCUCUUGUACAUUAGUGUUCAAAUUAAAUAUGAAGGAUUUUUUUAAACAUUGAGUUGAGAUUAAGUUUACAUGUAAAACUACAUUGAAUGUACAAGACCAAAAUAGAAUAAACAUUUUAGCAGAA